CCCCCCGCGGCGGGGCUGGCAGCAGAGGCCACCCGCACUGUGCCCAGGCGCUCGCCUUCACUGCCCCUCCUGGUGCCGCCGGCCCUGCCUCGCUAUGGCUGCGGCCUCCUCCCCGCCCAGGGCCGAGAGGAAGCGCUGGGGUUGGGGCCGCCUGCCGGGCGCGCGGCGGGGCAGCGUGGGCCUGGCCAAGAAGUGCCCCUUCUCGCUGGAGCUGGCGGAGGGUGGCCCGCCGGGCGGAGCGCUCUACGCGCCCGUCGCGCCGCCCGGCGCCCCGGGGCCCGCAUCCCCCGUGUCGCCCGCCGCACCCGCGGCGCCCCCCGCCGCUGCAGACCUUGGCCCACGGCCACCGGUGAGCCUGGACCCGCGCUUCUCCGUCUACAGCGCACGCCGCCCGCUGCUGGCGCGCACCCACAUCCAGGGCCGCGUCUACAACUUCCUCGAGCGCCCCACCGGCUGGAAGUGCUUCGUCUACCACUUUGCUGUCUUUCUCAUUGUCCUGGUCUGCCUCAUCUUCAGCGUCCUGUCCACCAUCGAGCAGUAUGCUGCCCUGGCCACAGGGACCCUCUUCUGGAUGGAGAUCAUCCUGGUGGUGUUCUUUGGGACGGAGUACGUGGUCCGCCUCUGGUCAGCAGGCUGUCGCAGCAAGUACGUUGGCAUCUGGGGAAGGCUGCGCUUUGCCCGGAAGCCCAUCUCCAUCAUUGACCUCAUCGUGGUUGUGGCCUCUAUGGUGGUCCUCUGCGUGGGCUCCAAAGGGCAGGUGUUUGCCACGUCAGCUAUCAGGGGCAUCCGCUUCCUCCAGAUCCUGCGGAUGCUGCAUGUCGACCGCCAGGGAGGGACUUGGAGGCUCCUGGGCUCUGUGGUCUUCAUCCACCGCCAGGAACUGGUGACCACCUUGUACAUCGGCUUCUUGGGCCUCAUCUUCUCCUCAUAUUUCGUGUACCUGGCUGAGAAGGACGCAGUGAACGAGUCGGGCCGCGUUGAGUUCGGCAGCUACGCGGAUGCGCUGUGGUGGGGGGUGGUCACAGUCACCACCAUUGGCUAUGGCGACAAAGUGCCCCAGACGUGGGUCGGGAAGACGAUCGCCUCCUGCUUCUCUGUCUUCACCAUUUCCUUCUUUGCGCUCCCAGCGGGGAUUCUCGGCUCCGGGUUUGCCCUAAAGGUGCAGCAGAAGCAGAGGCAGAAACACUUCAACCGGCAGAUCCCUGCGGCAGCCUCACUCAUCCAGACAGCCUGGAGGUGCUACGCGGCCGAGAACCCCGACUCCUCUACCUGGAAAAUCUAUGUCCGGAAGCCAUCCCGGAGCCCCGCUCUGCUCUCCCCUAGCCCCAAGCCCAAGAAGUCUGUCAUGGUGAAGAAAAAAAAGUUCAAAGUGGAUAAGGACAAUGGGGUGAGUCCUGGAGAGAAGAAGCUCACCAUCCCCCACAUCACAUGCGACCCCCCGGAAGAGCAGAGACCAGGUCACUUCUCUGUCGACGGCUAUGACACUUCUGUGAGAAAGAGCCCCACACUGCUGGAAGUGAGCACAGCCCACUUCAUAAGAACCAACAGCUUUGCUGAGGAUCUGGACCUGGAAGGGGAGACACUACUGACACCCAUCACACACAUCUCACAGCUGCGGGACCACCAUCGGGCCACCAUCAAGGUCAUUCGGCGCAUGCAGUACUUUGUGGCCAAGAAGAAAUUCCAGCAAGCGCGGAAGCCUUACGACGUGCGGGAUGUCAUCGAGCAGUACUCCCAGGGCCACCUCAACCUCAUGGUGCGCAUCAAAGAGCUGCAGAGAAGGCUGGACCAGUCCAUCGGGAAGCCCUCGCUGUUCAUCCCUGUCUCAGAAAAGAGCAAGGACCGUGGCAGCAACACGAUCGGCGCCCGCCUGAACCGGGUAGAAGACAAGGUGACACAGCUGGACCAGAGGCUGGUGCUGAUCACCGACCUGCUCCACCAGCUGCUCUCCUUGCACCGUGGCAGCCCCCCUGGGGGCUCCCUUGGUGGAGGCGGGCCCCUGGCAGUCCAGCCCUGCGGCAGCAGCAACACCAUCAACCCCGAGCUCUUCUUGCCCAGCAGCCCACUGCCCACCUACGAGCAGCUGACUGUACCCCAGAGGGGCCCCGAUGAGGGGUCCUGAUGGAGGCUGGAAUAUUCCACCCCCCCAACAGCCCCUUCAGCCGGGGGCACCGACCUGGCCAUGGCCACCUCCUGCCAGGCCAGAGAGAACAGCCCCACUCUCCAAUGCCCCGGCCCCCGUGGGCCAUGCUGUCUGGCACAGCCUGACCUUAGGGACCCUCCAAGGCCACCUCUUCCUGGCCAGGGAGUACUAGAAGUUUGCUGGGUGUGGGGCUCCCUCUCAGGCCUGAGCAGUCACCCUUACCACUCAGGCCCCCACAUCCUGAGGGUGACAUAACUUGCAUGGUGGUUGGACACAGGGCAGGGGAUACUUCCCAGGGCUAGGCAUCCAGAGUGCCAAGCCCAGCCCAUGUUUGGCCAGAAGCAGCAUAGGCUGAGACCAGACCUACCUGGUCGCCCAGGGGCUUCCUCAGGGGAGACACAGGAACAGCCUGGAAAAGUCUGUGGGUGCCUCUACCCCAGCCUCGAAUCCUGGCCCAGCCUGGCCGACUAAGAGUGGCUGCGAUGAAGGUCCAGGAGCCACUCAGAGGGUGCCCUGGGUCCCUCACUCUCAAGAGAUGCUGACCCCACAGACAGGGAAAUACAGGGCUGCUCCUGAAACCACAGAUCUCAGUGAGGGCCACCACUUCCCCAGGCCAUGUCAGAGUGAAGGGUGUUCACCUCCCCUGCUUGCACUGGCAGCUUCUCAUCAUGCUGGCAAGGAGGGUCCCCUGAGCUCCACUCUGCAUGCAGCCCCCACUCCAAUUCCUAUUCUGAGCAGCUGGACACACAGGAGACACCAUGUCCCCACCCCACCCACCCCCUACCAGCUGAGCAGAGAGGAGUCACAGUUUCUACAUGGAACAGGGGUUCCUUCUGGGCAUUAUGUCUCAAGAAAUCAGUAACUCGUGGUGAUUUGGAAUCUGUGUUUUAGUAAGUUUCACGGUGCGAUUUUGGUUAUUAAUCAUACAGCCUUUUCCUAAUAAACGUGGAG